UUUUCUCGUUCGUUCCCCCUCCCCCCCAUGCAGCUCUGAGGAGGCGGUAGUGGCGGCUCGCGGGCAGCCCGGGGCCUAGUGGAAGGGGCCGGGCUGGCGCGGGCAGAGGGGCUCCCGUCGCCAUGGAGGGGAUGGAAGUGGACCUGGACGCCGAGUUGAUGCAGAAGUUCAGCUGCCUGGGAACCACCGACAAGGACGUGCUCAUUGGCGAGUUCCAGCGACUUCUCGGCUUUCAGCUCAGCCCCGCCGGCUGCGCCUUCUUCCUGGACAUGACGAACUGGAACUUACAAGCAGCCAUUGGAGCCUACUAUGAUUUUGAGAGUCCAAACAUCAAUGUGCCCUCCAUGUCCUUUGUUGAAGAUGUGACCAUAGGAGAAGGAGAAUCCAUCCCUCCUGACACUCAGUUUACAAAAACAUGGAGGAUACAAAACACAGGGACAGAAGCAUGGCCUCCAGGUGUUUGUCUUAAAUAUGUCGGGGGAGACCAGUUUGGCCAUGUGAACAUGGUGAUGGUCCGAUCAUUGGAGCCCCAGGAGAUUGCAGAUGUCAGCGUACAGAUGUGCAGCCCUAGUACUGCAGGAAUGUAUCAAGGACAGUGGCGAAUGUGCACUGCUACAGGACUUUAUUAUGGAGACAUCAUCUGGGUGAUCCUCAGUGUGGAAGUUGGAGGACUUUUAGGAGUAACGCAGCAACUGUCAUCGUUUGAAACUGAGUUCAACACACAACCACAUCGCAAGGUAGAAGGAAACUUUAACCCGUUCGCCUCUCCGCAGAAGAACAGGCAACCAGAUGAAAACAACCUAAAAGACCCUGGGGGUUCUGAGCUAGACACAAUCAGCAAAAACACGUGGGGGCCUGCUCCUGACCAAAUUGAACAAGAUCAGACUGAACUGUCACAAAACUCUGUAAAUCUCUCCCCCAGCAGUCACUCGAACAACUUAUCAGUAGUGACAUACAGUAAGGGUUUUCACGGUCCUUAUCCCUUUGGACAGUCUUAAAAACAAAAACGGGUAUCGUCGAGAAGAGAAUUUGACAAAGAAUGGACUUGGGAGGGAGGGGGAGUUCUUAUGGCUUAUAGAAGAUACAACAUGAACCCCCUUCUUGGUCUCCAUAUCCUGAGAUAAGAAGAAAACAACAAUAACUUAAGACUAGUUGUUUCCAGAAAAAAACAAAACUAAAGUAUGCAUGUGUGAAUGCUGAAUUUCAGGAGUGCUGUUCAGUGCUAUGAGAGAGAAAAAUACACCAAUGUUUUGUUUAGAAGUCAUUGUCACAGUUAAUUAGGUAGCCUAAAAGAAAUUUUUUAAAAAAGAUUAAAAUGGAAAAGCCAUCUCUUUUAAAAAGAAAUUAUUUUGCCUACAGAGAGGUUGUAGUCUGAGCAAAUGUUAAUUUUUCGUUCCUUGUUCAUAACUUUUUAAAAAGGGACAGCGUGCAUUUUUAUGGAGAUGUGCUUGCUAUGAAAUGGAAGCUUGCUUAGCAUUUUCUUGGUUAGUGCAGACGGUAUUAAUUUCUAGCUUGAUCAAUAUCCAAAUCCAUAAAUUUUAAUGUCUCUCCCCCCCUUUUGGUUAUUUGCCUUUAUUCUGCUUUUGGUAUCAUUCUUCUGGGCAUGGUGUGCAUUAGUCAUCUGCUAGUUCUUUUCUGUUUGGCAAAGUUGCUCAGACCCAUUUUUGCCAUUCGUUGUGCAGGGCAAGAAUGUCAAGAGGGUAAAAACACUGAGCUGAUGCAAGAGGGAUGUCUUGUGCUUUGAUUGUGGCACAUGCUCUUACUUAAAUUCCAAAGUUUGCCCUGAACCGUUAGUAUAUUGAAAUAUUCCCAGGUUCAUUAAUGUACGGUAACUGUCUUUGAGACAGCUAUGCAUGUAUAUGUCACUUUUGUGCCAAGAAGAAAAAUUAUUUUCCGGCGUGGUAGAGCACCAAUUAUUAAAUUUCCAUGACACUUCUAAGAUGUAAAUUUCACACCAUCUGUUUUAUAUUGGAAUGACCACUUUGAGUCUUCAGUGAUAAAAAAAUAACUAGCUUGUUGGCAGAGACUAAAUUGCUUUGAACGUAUGGGAGAAAGAAGAACCAUCAGCAGCCAUUCACAGCAAUUCCUUCUGCUUAUCAGCUUGUUUUUUCUCUGAACACUUGGUUUUAUAGACGUGUGUGGGGUGUGUGUGUGUGGAAUUGUUUAAGAUCUAAUUGCGUACAGCCCAUGAAGAAUGAUAGCCAUAUAAUUGAGGCCAAGCUGUCCAAUUCCAUAGAGAAUUAGCAGAGCAUGGUCUCUUGAAACUCUUGGGUUUUGCAUCGGUUUAAGGAGGAGGGGGGUUCUGUCUAAUUCAAAAACUUGAACUAGGCCACAGCAGCCAUCUGCCAAAGAUAGAAUAAUAUGCAAUGCCCACUUCCUUUCAUCUCACUUAGAAGAUCAAACUCCCUGGUCUGAGAUAGUGGAAGUAUGACUAUGUAGAUGGGGAUAAGGCAAGGUCUGAAGUAACAUACUUUGAGCUACCUUGUUGGUUUGAUUUGCAUACGAGGCCUUUGUAUUCUUCUGUAUAGCUGACCACAACCCUGCUUCCCAUCAGAACAUAUAUUUAUAUAUAUAGCACCCAAAGUCUAAAUGGAUCUGGCUAGGAUCCUAGCAGGCAGAUGUGUCUUCUAGGCCAGCUGAGCAUCUAAUUUGAUGUUUUCACUUUUGAAGAACUUGUAUAAUUUUUUUGCAUCCCAACUAAUUUGAAGAGUAUAGUUUAUCUAUGACCCUAGCCAUGAACACUGGGUGAAAUGAUUGCAAGGGAUUCACCUGAGAGGACAAAUUAUGGGAGUGUAGAAACUAUGGAAUGCCUUCCUUUAACUUUCCCCCAGCUUGGCUCCCCAAAUUCUUAUCUUAAUCAUCACAAGCAGCAUAUUAUUCAGAUGCAAAAUAAGGUGUAGAAACUGAUUAUGUAUAGCAUUAGUCAUGAUAAUUGGUUUUAUUUAUUUUUCCUGCUCUGGGCAAGCAACUUUCUUGAUACGCAAAGAAAAGACUGAGUACACUGUAUGGUUUUUUUGAGAUGAGUGUGUGUGAGAGAGAGUAAUCUCUGGCGGCAACAUUGGAAGCCAGUGGAAACAACUGGCAGCUACUAAGCUAAGUUAAAACAGAUUCAGUUUUCUCUUUAGACCAAGUUAGGUAUUCAGAAACCUCACCAUCCAAACUGUCAAACAUUGUGGAGACUUUAGUUUUUUCAUAGUGCAGAGCAAAAACUGAUAUUUACUGCCAACUACUGUUCUUUUACAGCAAGUAGGGAUGACCAUUUCCUGCAAGUCAUCUUAAAUACUAUCUCCUCUUUUGAGUGUUGGUGACUUUUAUGAAUGAAACAGUUGCUCCACUGAAGAAAGCAGAAAUCACAGCCAGGGCCCAGCUUGGUUGCAGUGAAAGUAGUCCUCUUUAUUGUCACUAGUUUCUGAGAUCUUUCUGGGGAUAAACAUUCCUCUCUCGGGGGAUGAUCUCUAUAUAAAUAGUUACAAAGGGCUCAUGCCUGUUUGCAGGUAUUUUGAUUUGAGUGAUAAUCCCUUCAGUGAUGACAAUGGGAGGAUGUUUAAAAUGCUCACUGUUUUGUGUCUCGUUUCUUUUCUCGAAUAUUCUUCUCUAUACAAUACCUCCUAUAUUGCUCAUGGAGCUUCUUGGAACUCUUGAUUUUAAAUUCAUUAGUUUUUUAAGGCAUUUUUGAUGAUUUUGGAGCCAUUGAAAUGGCUGAAGCCAAAAUCAUGUUUGCUUGGGAGCAGCACUUUCAGACAGCUAAGGAGGGCCAGACAUUUUUGUGCCUAAGCAUAAAGGUUUGAUUUUCACAAAUGCAUAAUCCUAACCUCAUAAUUAUCAGGGGACGCUGCCACCUUUCCCCCCUCCUCAACAGAUGGGAAGCAGAAACACAGUAGAUGUAGCUUUACAUAACAUGGAGGUGUAGUAAUGGGGGGUGGCUGCACCUGCAGAAUAGCUGAAUGUCAUAAAGGCACAACCCCUUUGUGAGAGAAAGGUGGCAAUGCUAACCAGUGCCUAGGUUUAACACACAACACUUCUGUACAGAUAAAAUCACAUGUAGGGCAAACAGUGUAGACUGCUGAGUUUGGAAGUGGCAUGGGUAUUUAGAUUGCUUUGUUGCAAUUACAGGGAUCGGAGAGCCAACUCAUAGCUUUAAAAUGCACAUAUUGGCAACACUCUUGCCCACUUCAAAUAUUAUUGUGUAUAUGCCUCUCGUUCCCUCUUGCAUGAUCUGUAAAAAUACGUUGUGAAUAAAAUAACCCUUUUUACCAAAGUGAUACUGCUUGGACAUGGAGGAAGCUAAGCAUUGCUUGACCCAUAUCCCUGUUCCUGAAAUGUGACUGAUUCUUGCUCCCCCAAAUUUAGCUUGCUUCAUGUAACAAGUGUUGUUGGCUCUGGCCAUUUCCCUAGUGGUUCUCAUUCUGGAAGAAAUGAUGGAUUCCUGAGGAGGAGGAAGUAAUUUUAAUUUAACAAAGGGAAGUUUGAAUUUCUCAUUUGUUUGCAGCGUUCUUUUUUUAUUUUUAUUUUAAUGCAGAUUAAACUGUAACCCAAGCUGUUGGGUUUGAAAAUGUGCUGGCAACCUCUGCAUCUGAAAAUGUGACUGUGCCUGGGAGGCAAGAGCACCCAGUCUUCUCACUAGGAAACUGAGCUGGCUUUGAGCCUUGGUGGGUGCAAGUAAGCUCUGUCUCUGGGGAUGGGUGCUAAGCCUGCACUGUCAGGCUGGGCCUAUGUUGUUGCUCCUAUUUGGGGCAGGUGGAAGGUGUAUCCUAAGGCCUCAGGGAUUUGGGAAUGUGUAUUCAUCCCACCCCCCAGCUGCAGAUGAGUGUCUCUUGAAUCUCUAUAGGUACAAUUGUAGCCAGAGAAGCCUGGGGCUAAGAAAUGCACGCUGUCCCAUGUCUGGGUUUUCAUUGUUUUUUCUCUUGUGUGAGUGAGUGGUUGAUUCUGCAGCCUGUCUUUAUUCUCUCUGGGGGGAGUGCAUGUGUAGAGCAGGAUGUGUGUUGCUUCAUUGAGUCUGGGAAGAAUCCUGUAAUAGCACAUUGUGGGGGAAAACAAAGAUGCUUUUUCCUUAUUGUAUAAAUGAAUAUUUGUAUGAUUAAAUUAACACAAAACAA